UGGUCUAGGCAACUCCCUUCCGGUACCAGGAUGUGGGGGGCGGAGUCACUCCCCCGCAGACCAAUAGCAUUCGCGCAUCACGCGCGCCUCCGACUGCAAUGUAUACGUCUAAUAUUACGGUAAUGCUUGAUAUUAUCAGGAUAAUACAUUUCAAAUUGGUUAGUCUAUCAACACACACAUCCAAAUAGACAUUCAGCGAGUACUUGCAUUUCAGUUGAGUUUGACAUUAUUUUUGCUAUUGAACUCGUCAACGAAACGCGAAAGUUUUGAGUGCGAUGUACUUUAAGUAACUACGUUUCUGAACAGUUUUGUGUCAUCAUCUUCCGUUGUACUGAACACGUGUGAACUACUUGGUGUAAAUAUGCAACACUAUCUUGAAGAAAAUAAUACUAUAAUUCAUGUUGGUCAGGAUCCUUAUCCUGGUAAAGGUCCAUUGGACACUAAACUCCAAGAGUCCAAGAGAUCGUUUUGUAUAGACGCUUUGCUCUCCAGAGAAUCGGAGAAUCCUAAUUCUCCAGCGACUUCCAGGAGUAUCUCUCCGACGUCUACUAGAGACAGUAGUCCUCCGAUUUCUCCCGGUUGUGAAGAGAUUCCUCAAGCAUCGUUUGUACCAAAACCGGGUCUUUUGAAUCACAUCUAUCCAUCGACUGGAGCAGGAUUUUACGGGUAUCAAGGACAAGGGCACUUGCAAAGUUCGGCGUUUCACAGUUUAGACAAUGUCAUGGCUCAAAAGAUGCAGUUAUCUGUUAGCCACCACAGUCACAGUCAAUUACAGCAAAUGCAGUUGGAAUGGCUAGCGAGGACCGGAAUGUUUUAUCCGAGAUUACCGGAUCUUGCAGGUUGUACGCCAGGACAUGCGAUCUUGGGCAAAACUAGAAGACCUAGAACUGCUUUUACUUCACAACAACUUUUGGAACUAGAGAAACAAUUUAGGCAAAACAAAUAUCUUUCAAGGCCCAAACGGUUCGAAGUGGCCACCAGUUUAAUGCUCACAGAAACUCAGGUAAAGAUUUGGUUUCAAAACCGUCGAAUGAAAUGGAAGAGAAGCAAAAAGGCGCAACAAGAUAGCAAAAUGAACAAGGAAUCAGAAAGCAGUCAGUCAGAGAAACGCCAAACAAGCCUCAAUUCGAUUCAUUCAUCUUCGAGCAAAUCCAACACGAGUGUGAGUCAACAGGACAGUACAUCAGACAACCACAUCCAAAGUAACGAGUCCACUCAAAGUAACACAACACUGCGACUUCACGAAACUGAACCACUUUAUCGGCCGUAUGUUGUGUAAAUAAUUCGGUUUACUGCACCUUUAGCCGUAGGACAAAAAUGUACUUUUCCAUAAACCAAGUUCGUUUUUGGUUACGUGAGUGUUUUUACAUAUGAUUUUGAGCAGUUUUAUGUUCAAGUGUUUGAUUAAGUACUUAUAUUACCGAUGCAGUACAUGUUUGAAGGACCAAUGUCAGUAAAAAUGGACUAAAACUCAAAUUGUGCGUCUAUAAAGGAUGAUAUAGAUGCAAGUUGCUUUUUUUGAAGAAGAUGAUCAUUCUGUUAAUCUUUUCGUUAAAACAAUACUACAAAACCGAAAGGAAUUAAAGUUCAAAUAUCUUUUUGUUUCCCAUUGUUGUUUUCUUUAGAGUUUGAAGCGUACAUAGAUGAUACCUGUGCUGGCCAUGACGCUAAUUUCGUGUAUAUUUUACCGUCCCAACCUGAUUGCCUAGGUUAAAUUAUUUUGGCCUCGUCCAAAGUCGCUUGUCCUCAAUAUUUUACCUGCUAAACCCGUUUUCAGCAUAAACUAAUUCUGUAUACGCCAAACUAGUUCAAUCCAAGAGCUAUAUCGUUACCCAUUUUGGUCAAAUCCAAAGUGGUUCAUUCUGGGAUUUUUACUGGUCAACCCCAAUUUUAGGAUAAACUCGUUCUUUCUAGGCCAAACCAUUUUAUCCAGUAACCGGAAGGAUAAACCGGUUUGACCUAGUCCAAAGUGGUUUGUUCUGAACUUGUUGCUGGCCAAAUCCGAUUUUAAGACAAACUAGUUUGUCCAGGUUAAACUUGUUUAUCCAGUAACCGGAAGGAUAAACCGGUUUGACCUAGUCCAAAGUGGUUUGUUCUGAACUUGUUGCUGGCCAAAUCCGAUUUUAGGACAAACUAGUUUGUCCAGGUUAAACUUGUUCAUCCAGAAAUCGGGUAAUGUUAUAUUUAAAUUGAGGGCAACCUGGCCUAGGCAAAACUAGCUUUUCGGGUUUGGUAGGUAACAUAUAUACGGGUAGGUACUUUGUAUAUACUGAGUAUAAUCUAGACAUCUAGAUAAUGUACGAUAUCGUUGUCUCCUUUUACUGCCAUCGUUCCAUUGAUGUAAAAGAAUCAGAAAAAAUCUUUUCUUUUUUCCACCCUGGACAUAAAUAUUCUUUUACGUAUUAGAGAACGGGGCAUGUCGUUGUAAAUAUUUUAAAGUUCCUAACUAAUUAUACAAAAUACCUGUCAAAUUGAUUUGUAUCGAUAGCUGUAUAUAAGAUGUUAUUAAAUGUAUUUAUAAUA